AUGACCCGUCGACAUGAUCACAAUAUGUUAAACUUAAGAUUAUGUACAGCUGGACGCUUAACUAAUAAAUAUCAUACUAUUCCAAUAUCUACUACAUCAAGUCUUCGUUCUUUAAAAAUAUAUUUGAUUAAAAACUUCGAUUUAAAGGUAAAUCCACGCAAUGUACAAUUAUAUCUACGUAAUGAUGCCGAACAUUCAUGGACAGAAUAUGAUGAAGACGUUGAAGAAUAUACUCUGACUAAUUUACAUUUUGGCGACGAGUCGUUCAUAUCUAUUCAUGUACUAUCCGAUGAUGAGUUAAAACAACGACAGCAGAACAUAAUAUAUCCUAUAAAAAGUGAACAACAAGAUAUAAAUUCUAUUGUGGCAACAAUAAAAAAAAUUCUUAAUCCACCUUAUACGCCUGGCUUAUGUGGUUUAAUAAAUAUGGGUAAUACAUGUUUCAUGAAUAGUGCACUGCAAUGUUUAAGUGCUAUACCACAAAUGCGGAACUAUUUUCAAACAUUAACAUUCAACGAUAAUCAACAACCAAAAGGUGUUGUCGGAGCCUAUAUUGAUCUAACCAAAUCUAUGUGGUCUGGCGAACACUCUUAUGUAACUCCAAGACAUUUAAAAGAAGAGAUAAGUCGGUUUGCUCCAAUAUUUUCCGAUUAUAGACAAAAAGAUGCACAAGAAUUUAUGAACUAUUUAAUGGAUGCACUUCAUCAAGAAUUAAUAAAGCAGACUAAAAACAAAUCAUCAAGAAUCAGUGAUUUAUUUUAUUGUAAAGUAAAAUCAACGGUUAAGUGUCUUGAAUGUCAAUUGAACGAAUCAACAACAAUUGAGCCAAUGAAUUUUAUUCCAUUAUCAAUUAGAAAACAGCAACAACAACGGCGUUUAUUUGAAAUCGACUAUUUAAAAGUAGAUUGUAGUAGACAGAUAUUUCUUGUUGAUACACCAUCGAAUGGAACAAUAACAAAUUUAAUUGAAAGUUUCAUUGAUCACUAUCUGCAUGAAAUACCAAAUGAAUCAGAUGUGCCUGAAAUCAAUCGUAUUCUGCCCGUACGAUUGACGAAUAAUUAUGGAAUAGAACAAUAUGACAAAACAUUGCGGUUACAUCAUCUACACAGCAAUCGAAUAACAUUUUUUGAAUUACCGUAUCGUUCAAUACGCAGUGAAACAAAGUUGUUUCCAUUUUACUUUCUUGUUGACGACAAACAGUCAUAUUUUCGUCCACCAGUUGUUUUCUGUAGACCGAAAUAUAAUGGUCUAGGAAUUGAUCUUCGUGAGCAGUUGUUACAAGUUAUUAAUCAUCUUAAAACAGUCGAUCAAGUUGAUUUAAAAAUAUUUUGGACAGAUGAUUACGAUAAAAACUAUCUUUUUCGCGAGGAUGAUUCUAUUGAUUACUUAGAAAGUCUAACAAUGGCUGUUAAUACUUCAUUUGGACAAUUGUAUAUAACUUGUAAGAAACAAGAAUUUUUAUUAGAUGUAGAGCAAGAACAACCCAAACCACCCAAUAAACUAACAUUAGAUGAUUUGUUUUAUGAUUUUUUCAAAGAAGAUACGUUAGAUGAUCAAUAUAAUUGUUCAAAAUGUAAUAAACUGACACGUGCUAAACAAAAGUCUGAUCUAUGUUUUCCAUUACCACCUAUCAUUGUCAUCUUUCUGAAGCGAUUUAUGUAUGAUAAACAAUCGAUUAAUGAAAAAAUCACUACAUUCAUUGAAUAUCCUCUUGACAGAUUGGAUCUAACUAAAUAUGUCACGGACAAUACUAAUAAUGCACAAUUUUUGUAUGAAUUAGUUGCCAUUUGUUGUCACUCAGGUACACUAUCCUCUGGACACUAUGUCACAUUCACAAAACACCUCGAUAAAUGGUAUUUAUUCAAUGAUGAUUAUAUCAGUGAAGUGCGUGAUCAAAUGCAACUUUCAACAAAAAACGCCUAUAUUCUUGUUUAUUUAAAACGAGAUAAUAAAAGCGUCCUUGUUUAA